UGUGAUUUGCUGCUUUUUUUACGUUAACUUGCAGAUGUUCCCAAAACAGGAAAUGGGAAAGGUUGGUUCCUGGAGCAUCUGAGAGAUUUGGCAGAGUUGGUGCAAAGGCAGAUGGGUGAGCAGAGAUGUUCAAGCCAGCAGAUGUCAGGCUGUUACCGCCAGCAAGAAACAAUAUGAAAGGAAAAGAUGAUGCUUUUUGCUGACGGAAGUCAAAACUGGGGAAACUACAGGUCAUCUUCAACCAAUGAAUGAAAGUAGUGAUGAUUUGUGAACACACGACUGAUCACUUUGGAUUUGAUGAAAAUCUUACGUUCCAACAGCGGUAUCUAGUAGCAGAUCAGCACUGGAAGAAAGACAAUGGACCAAUACUGUUUUAUACAGGCAAUGAAGGAGACAUCACAUGGUUCUGCAACAAUACGGGUUUUAUGUGGGAUGUUGCUGAAGAACUUAAUGCCAUGUUAGUAUUUGCUGAACAUAGAUAUUACGGAGAAUCUUUGCCUUUUGGGAAUGAGUCUUUCAGCGAUUCCAAGCACCUGAAUUACUUGACAUCAGAACAAGCUCUGGCAGACUUUGCAGUACUGGUUGAGUACUUAAAGGCGACCAUUGCAGGAGCUCGUUACAGUCCUGUCAUAGCUAUAGGAGGAUCUUACGGAGGAAUGCUUGCAGCCUGGUUUAGGAUGAAGUACCCCCACGUGGUAGUUGGAGCUCUGGCAGCCUCUGCUCCAAUCUGGCAGUUUGGUGAUUUGGUUCCAUGUGGCACUUAUUUCAGCAUAGUGACUAAUGAUUUCAAAAAGAGUGGGACAGGCUGCUCAGAAAGCAUCCGGAAUUCCUGGAAUGCCAUUAACCACCUUUCCUCAACAGAUGCAGGUUUACAGUGGCUUUCCAGCACAUUUCAUUUGUGCAGCCCACUAAAAAAUCUUCAGGAUGCUGCUAUGUUGAAAAACUGGCUGAGUGAAACAUGGGUCAACUUGGCUAUGGUGAACUAUCCCUAUAAAGCUGACUUCCUACAGCCUCUGCCAGCUUGGCCUAUACAGGAAGUCUGCAAGUUCUUGAAGGAUCCCAGUCUCUCCGAUAAAUUGUUGCUGCAGAAUGUUUUCCAGGCAGUAAAUGUAUACUACAAUUAUUCAGGAGAAGCUGCGUGCUUAGACAUGUAUGAGACUGCAACAAAGAGUCUGGGCCAGUUGGGCUGGUACUAUCAGGCUUGCACUGAGAUGGUGAUGCCCAUGUGCACAGAUGGUGUCAAUGACAUGUUUGAGCCUCAGAAAUGGGACUUUGAUGCACUUUCGGAAGAGUGUUACAGGUUGUGGGGAGUGAGGCCUCGUCCCUCUUGGAUUCUUUCUAUGUAUGGAGGGAAGAACAUCAGUUCACACAGCAACAUCGUCUUCAGCAAUGGUGGCCUGGACCCCUGGUCUGCAGGUGGGGUGACCCAGAACAUCACCGAUUCCCUUGUGGCAGUCAUGAUCCCGGAUGGAGCCCAUCACCUGGACCUACGCAGCCGCAACCCUUUGGACCCUAAAUCUGUGCAGCAAGCUCGAGCCUUGGAAAUCUGCUACAUGAAGCAGUGGAUCGAAGAGGCUAGGCACAGCCAGUGAAGGGGUGGUACUGUAACAACUGCAGCCAUUAUACCUCUGCUGGCUUUGCUGGGAGCAGGGCCAGGCCUUAUCACACGGUCGUCUGAACAUUUCACUCCUGCUUCCUCACCCGUGUCGCAGUGCUAACCAUUGCUUGCGCCCAUGAGAGAGGCAGGCAGCAGACAGGUGGAGAGCGCUGUCAGAUAAUAAAUUCUAUUCAAAGUGCAUGGAUCGAGCUGCCUGCUCUGGCUUGCUUUCCUCUUCUGCUCUUCCCAAAGGCUGUGCUUUACCCUAAGGUAAAGAGUUCCUGUCCUAGGCUUGAUGCCUUCCUCUCUGCGCUAGGUGAUUGUCCUGACUGCUGGUAUAUAC